CCGCCGGGAAAUUGGAACACGAGCUUCGAACUGUUCGGACAGAUCUAAUGGGGGUCGAGACGCCUAGAAUUGAUGUGUCGAAGGAGCUGCAAAGGGCUCGAGACCUCGUUGCCACUCUGGGCUUCAAACCUUUCCUCCCUCAAAUUCCACUCGAGGUUCGUUUGAGUUUGGCCGAGACCUUUUCAUCAGAAGAGAGUAUCGAUCGCCUCACAGCUGCGAAGCGCUUGCAUCGAAGUAUAGCUACCGAAUACCCCCUUUGGGAAGAAUAUACCGACCUCGCAGAAUGGCUGGACCAAAUGGAUGCCGAGGAAAGGGAAGCUGAAGAGGUUCAACGAAAAUAUCAAGAAGACUGCGAGAUCCAGCUGCAAGAAGCUCUGCGGGGAUUCGAAGAAUUCAUGUCAAAGAAUGGGGUUCGCUCUGGUCAUCUAGAUCAAACGAGGAUAUCGGGCCGAAUGGAGACGAAGGAUGAUCUCCAAGUGGGUACGAGCUCUGAUGGAGGAUCAGAGUUGCGGCGAAGACCCUCUUUCGUCGCAGAUACCAGCCAGAGUAAUAUCGAGGUUGGAGCCAUUGGAGGGACCUGCUCGAAGAAACCUAUCUUGCCGGUGACUUCGACACCUCAUGUCCCGCAGCGAGCGGGAAGACCCCGCGUCAGCGACGUCGAGCCAGAGGAUCUCUUCUGUGCGCAAGCAGGCUCGACAAGCUACCGAUCUCGGGCUCCGUCUUUAACCCACGCCGAUUUUGUGCGAAGCAAAACUUUCGAAUUGAGGGACGAAAACGCGGCCGCCUCCAAUAUCCUUUGGAGCUCUUUCGAUGCCCAGGAGAAGGAAGCCGUCGGGUCAGCUAAUCGUACGCAAUCUAAGGAACCAGAUGUGACUGUCGUUAAAAAUCCGUCCGUUCAAAUGGAUGUCCAACAUACCGAGCAAAGUGGUAACAUUCCGCGGAUCGCAAGCGGACGGAGUCGUCCCGUUCUUGCGACGAGGGGCGCCCGUGAGAGCCACCUCCAGAAACCGGUUAAAGUCCCCGCGAAAAUCCAAGUGUUGCCUUCGAAGACUUCGUCAGGACUUCCAGCCCGGCAGCUACCAUCCCGCAGACCUGUUCUGCCGUCGAAAGAUCCGAGCUCACUUCCUUCGAAGCCCACCGUGGCUCAACCGAGUCGAACAACCGCGGGAAUAGCAAGACCCUCGAAACCAGGACGUUUACCGGUCCGGAAAUAAGUGAUGCCGCUCUCUCGCGGCCAACGUAAACGCACGACGAGAUUGUUUCCACCAUUUCUUCAUUUGAGUUUUAGGCGCAGCGCAUAUAAGUCGAAUACGAGGAUUUACGGAAUGUCUUGGAUGAGUGAAGCCAAGCUGAAAAUGUGAUCAGCACCCUGUCCGAGACAGCUGCUCCUAUCUGAA